AAUCUGAGAAGUCCAAGUAAGUGUGGAAGACCCCGCGUGUAAAUUGUUUGAGCUUUUUUUGGUAUGGCAUGGCCUUCAACUCCGCCGCUCUGACAACCACCGCGAUCUCACUAUUCCUCCUUGCCACCGUCGCCUUCUUCCUCCUCCACCUGCCGCCUACAUAUUCCUCUAACCAUCCAUCAAAACACAUAUUACUCUCUCCUCACAGGUCUCUCCUCAAUUCCCCCCAACCCUCCUGCAGAUUCUUCAGUAGUGAUGAAUCCGAUGGACUCUUCAACUACUUCUCCAUCCACUCCUGCCUCUUCCGCCAAAACCCAUUUCUCUCCGUCCCGUUUCUUGGGCUUUUCGUGCUCCUUUACUUCUACAUCCUCAUCACUACGGCCCAGGCCCACUUCUCCGUCGUGGUCACCAAGCUCGUCGCUCAUCUCCGCCUCUCGCCGUCCAUGGGUGCGGUGACGCUCUUGGCGCUGGGGAAUGGGGCCCCGGAUGUGUUUGCUUCCGUAGCUGCCGUCAAGGGAGGCCAGCCCAGAACUGGAUUUGGGGCGAUACUCUCUGCCGGGACUUUUGUCUCGGCUUUUGUUGUGGGCUUCGUGUCCAUUUAUGCCGCGCCCUUUCCGGUCGAUCCGGCCCCGUUUGUGAGGGAUGUUAUGUUUUACUUGACAGCCGCCAUGUUCCUGUUCUAUGUGUACCUGAGUGCUGAGAUUUUCCUCUGGCAGGCUGUUGGAUUUGUGGGGUUUUACCUCUUCUUUGUCGGGAUUGUGUUUUGGAUGGAUUUGGGAGAGGGAAAUAGGCGCGGCAAUAGGGCUGAGAUUGAAAUGGGUUCGAUUGGCAAUGGUAAGACUCAUAAAAGGAUGGGCGACUGUGAAAACGGCAAGUUUUUAGGUUCUCCAGAAAUUAAGAAUCCCAGUUCUGGGUUAUUGCUAGCUUAUGAGAAGAUAUCGCAGGUAUGGGAGCGUCCAGUCUCAAUGCUCCUGAAACUUACAAUCCCCAACACUUCACCUUCGGGGUGGAGCAGAUUUUAUCAGUCUGCCAAUAUCGCUCUCUGCCCCCUGGCCCUUUUGUACUCAUGCAGAUCGUUUAUGUCCUUGAAUCAUCCAGUUGCGUUUCUUCUCUCAAACACCCAUUUUCCUCUUUGGUUUGUAGUACUAUGUGGGAGCUCCUCUCUAGCACUUCUUCAUUACAUCGUUGAAAAGGAGCCUCCGAAAUCCGAGCAAAUGCCUUCAAUCCUUGCCGCAUUCAUAAUGAGUGUGUUCUGGAUAUCAACUGCAGCGGGAGAGCUACUCAACUGCCUUGCAGUUCUUGGAGUGCUUCUGAAACUCCCCUCUGCUCUUCUCGGUUUGACAGUGCUCGCAUGGGGAAAUUCAGUAGGUGAUCUCGUUGCAGAUGUUGCCGUUGCAAAGGCAGGUCAGCCCGCCUUGGCCAUGGCCGGGUGCUUUGCCGGCCCCAUGUUCAACAUGCUUUUCGGGCUGGGAACGGCUCUGGUCAUACAAACGGGGGACGUUUAUCCAGAGGCCUACGAGCUUCAUUUCCAUGUGAGCAUAGUUGUGGCAUUCGUUUUCUUGCUCGUUAGCUUGAUGGGAUCCUUACUUGUAGUAACUUGGCACAGGUUUCAAGUCCCCAGAUUCUGGGGAUUCUGCCUUGUUGGACUUUACUCCUUGUUCAUGUUAGUGAGCCUGGUAAUUGCAAAGUUUUCUGCAUAAUGUUUAGGCAGAGGGAACUUGAUGUCAUGGCAGUUGCAUUAUCAUACAUUCUUUUAGCACAUUUUUAUUGUAAAUAUCUAAGUCUCUCAACAUUAGAGGUAAUACGAUACAGAAACUUUAUC